UAUGACGACCUUGUUUGCUUCAGAGAUAUCAGACCUAGUGCCCCCCACCACUAUCUGGUGGUGCCGGUGGAGCACAUGGGAAACUGCAAAACACUGAAGGCAGAACACAUACCUGUAGUGAAGAGAAUGAUGGAAGUUGGAAAAGCUGUCCUCCAGAGAAGUAAUUUUAGUGACUUGAAUGAUAUAAGAAUGGGUUUUCACUGGCCUCCAUUCUGCUCAAUACCCCACUUGCAUCUUCACGUCCUGGCCCCAGCCAGUCAGCUAGGAUUCUUAUCCAGACUCUUUUACAGAAUCAAUUCCUACUGGUUUAUCACGGCUGAAAAACUGAUUGAGCGACUGCAAACUGAAAAUGCUGGCAAUUAA